CAUCGCCGGCAGCAGCACGUAAAAAGACCAGCAACUUCUCAGUACUAUUAAAAAUAACUCCAGAUCGUCUUUUGCUGGAGUGUCGGGAUGCUUUUCCGCUCUAUUGUUGACAGAGGAUUGGGCAGACGAAGGCAGAAUGCCCUUCCUGCAGAUCCUUGGCCCAGGUACCCCCUGAGCUCUCUGCUGCAAGGCUACCAGUGUGUCCGACAUGAUGAACACAUCUCCUUUGGGAACCUGGGUGACCAUGUUCCACCGUUUGGAUUAGCUUUCUCCUCUGCUGGGGACCUGCAGAAUGUCCUUGCAGCAGCUAAUGAAGAAGGCAUUGUUAGGAUCUACAACACAGAGAGCCGAGAAAACCCACUUCUUAAAGAAUGGCUGGCUCAUGAAAAUGCCGUCUUUGAUAUCGCCUGGGUACCAGGGGAGCCUCAGUUGGUGACUGCUGCAGGUGAUCAGAUGGCCAGGUUGUGGGAUGUGAAGUCAGGAGACAUGUUAGGCAGCUUCAAGGGCCACCUCUGCAGCCUCAAGUCUGUUGCAUUCACACCUCAGGAGAAAGCUGUGUUCUGUACUGGAGCCAGAGAUGGAAAUAUUAUGGUCUGGGACACGAGGUGCAGCAAAAAAGAUGGUUUCUACAGACAAGUGAAACAGAUCAGUGGUGCUCACAACAAAACAGAGACAAACCCUCCCUCUAAAACAAAGAAGAGGCGGAGCAGCACACGUGGCAUGGCUCCCAGUGUGGAUACCCAGCAGAGUGUCACGGUGGUUUUGUUUCGGGAUCAACACACCCUCAUCUCCUCUGGGGCUGUUGAUGGCGUAAUCAAGAUGUGGGAUCUGAGAAAGAACUACACUGCACACCGCCAGGAUCCUGUUCCACUGCAGACGUACCCAUACCCUGGUUCUUGCAUGCGCAUGCGACUGGGUUAUUCUGGGCUUGUUCUGGACUCCACCAGAUCCAAUGUCAUGUGUAACUGCACUGAUGAUAAUAUCUACAUGUUCAACAUCAGUGGAAUCAAAACAGCUCCAGAGGCAGUUUUCAAUGGCCACCAGAACUCCUCAUUUUAUGUAAAGUCCACUAUCAGCCCAGAUGACCAGUUCUUGGCCAGUGGAUCAAGUGACAAUCACACAUACAUCUGGAAGAUCUCUGAUCCUCAACAUCCUCCCAUGAUGCUUCAAGGCCAUAGUGAGGAAGUGACAUCUGUUGCAUGGUGCCCAACAGACUUCACAAAGAUUGCUUCCUGUUCGGAUGACCACACUGUACGGAUCUGGAGGCUUCACCGGGAAAUGGAUGGAGCACAGUCUGCCAUGGGAGAAGCCAACCUUGUGGGCUGGGCACGUCCUAAAUCUCCCACAAGGCCUUCAGUCAGAGCCGAGACAACUCCUGCCAAGACCCAAAGGACGGAGAACCUUAGAGGCCUGGCCUCACCCCAGCUAGCUGCCUGUGCUCCCAGUGGAGCUGCCCUGCCUUUGCCCUCCAGCACCACUUCACCUAUCCAGUCUCAGGAUGCAAAGUCUGCUUCUGUUCGCCAGAGAACACCAACAUCUUCUAUCAAACAGUGGUUGUCUCCGAGCCAAGGAUCUCCUGGUCUGGCCAGCCCUCCACUCCGCAGGGUGCUGAGCCCAUGUCCCCAGAGCCCGGCGAACAGCACCUCUCCCACUGAACGACGGGCCAAACGCAGGCUGGAGACUGGUGAUGGUGCAACUGCAGGCUGUGAGGGUGCCGAACAAUGUGACUGUGUUACUGAACUUUACCCUGUGGCCAAGAGAAGCAGAGCCUUGUCUGGUUUCUGCUGCCCUGCUCAGCAGAGCCAGGUACAAACAGACUGUCACACAGAGGACAAGCAAGUCCCAUCUAGGCAGAGUGGCAAGGAGAAUUACUCUCCCAGAGGAAUGAACUGGCUCUCUAUGAUGGGCCAAAAGAUGAGGAAAGGUCAAGGAAGCCCGAGUACUCCCAGAAGUCCCAGUGCUUCUAAGAAACAAGAAGGCAAGACGCCAGCUUCACCAACAAUCCGCUCACCACAUACCAUGAAGAAAAUCUCCACGUAUUUCACGAGACAGACUCCGGAGUGACCUACUUGAGCCAAUCAGAUAUUUUGUGCUUCUGUUUAAAAUGCUGUGUUUUUAUUUUGGGUAUUUUUAAGCAGGACCCACAGACAACAAGCCUCCAGGAACACUGAUUUAUGUCCAGGUUACAUAAGUGCAUCAGCCUAGUCUGCACAGAGAUUGACAAAACAGUCAUUCUGAAUAUUUGAUGCUACACGUUUCACGUCCAGAGAGGCUUUUUUUUUUUUUUUUUUAAUUGGGUCAUAGGUUUUUGCAUUUGCCUCCUACACAAUUUUCUGGUGCUGGACUAAAUUACUUGAAAUCAGGUUGUAUUUUGCAGAGUGAAUCUUUCAUUUUACUCAAACCUGAAAACUAACAGAUGCUUUACCAUUUAAUACAGGAGUCCGUGUCUAAUUAAGUUCCUCAGGAGGUUAACCAGGUAUCAAUCCUCAAAUGCAGAGAAAAUGUAUUUGUCCACUGGAGUGGGUGUUUUAAAUUCUGCUAAAAAAAAAGGACCAAAAAAAAAUCACCAUUUAUUCGCUCCUCUUUGAGCCCUUUUA